CGCUUCCCGUCACGUUGUGACCAUCAGCUGAUGUCCAAUUUUCGUAAACACACUCUCGGCAGCGUCGUUGACAACCGGGUGUCCAACGAGCGUGAUCUGGAACAUUUUUCUUAAUUAUACGCAAAUCAGAAGGCAUAAUCAAAAAAGGAAGGAAAGUCCGGAAAGGUUUGUUCCAUCGGAGAAAAUGUUCAGCACCAAAUCCUUCGACGUUGUGAGCUUCAAUUCGGAAUUAUCUCCCGCGAGAUUGGAGACGUCUGCGAACGUUCAAACGACGGAGAUAGUCUACGCCGCUGAAGACACACAGACCAGAGAGACGAGGAGUGUUGGGAUCCAGACGGUGAACGGACAGAAAACAGACGCGCAGGUAGAUUAUGACAGACUGGCAGAGUUUAUGAAAAAAGUUACGCCAGGGAUCCUGCAAGCUCUUGACGAGGCUUACGCCACUAGCGCUUUCGACGACUACAAUCCGAAUGUGACCGAGGUCUCGUCUGCCAAUGUAGAGUUAAUAAAGAAAAUAAGUACAUCAGAAGAGGCGGACACGUCUCCUCACGAGAGGAUUAAAAUAGGCGACUUGUCGUGGAGCACCGUUGGCGGGACAUUAGCGGUAGGCCUCGGUCAUAUUCGUCACGAAACGUGGUGCGAUCAUCUUUCCGCAGUCCAGUUGUACAAUCUCACGACGGAGGACAACGUCGCGGACGCCCCUACCAAGACGUUAGAGACGGAUGGAUGUGUCACAACGCUGUGCUACCACCCGACGGAACCCUCCAUCCUCGCGGCUGGAUUGUUCAACUGGGACGUAUUGAUCUGGAAUCUUAGAAACGACGAUUCCGUUGUGCCCACGCACGUGUGCACGCACGGCGAGCGCGUAACUCAAGUGUGCUGGCGACCAAGAUCCGUGCACGACGCGGACCUGUUACUGAGCUCCAGCUCAGACGGAUACAUACUGAUCCACAGAUUGACGGCUAACUUUACGACCGUUCAACCGCACAAGCGAUUCAAGAUAAUCAAGGAAUACAAUCCGGUGGAAAAGACCAGGCCGCGUAGCGCCGGAGGUACGCGCGAGCGAGCCGCGGAGGCAGGGCUGUGCAUCACGAGCUUUGACUUUUCGUCGAGGCAUCCCAGUAUAAUUGUCGUUGGGACGCAGUGUGGUGGAAUCUAUAAAUGUAGCUUGGACAGCGUAACUCCCAUCGAAGGAGACGCCACGCUUAUAGAUCCCGUGAUCGACGAAUACGAAAGGCACAGAGGUAACGUUACCUGUGUUAAGUGCUCGCCGUUACGCAAUCUGUUUGUCAGCAGUGCCACGGAUAAUGAAAUCCGUAUAUACAAUCUUGACGAGCAUGUCAGUCAGCGAACUAUUUCCGUGGACAAUACAGUUGUGGGAUUAACGUGGAUGAUUGGCAAUCAAGACGUAUUCGCAGCUUACGGAGCGGGCGCGUGCGUGAAGUUCUACAAUGUUGCGGACGGUAAACCUGUGACGUGUCCGAAAGUCGAGGUGACUGGCAAAGAAAUCAGCAGCUUGUGCGUAAAUUCCAAGAGAGAUAUACUGGCGAUUGGAAGUGUUCGUGCGAAAGUCGAAAUAUGGAAAUUUCCACGUCACUUGUUUUGAGCGUGGUUCUAAUUUACGCAAUUACUUGCGGCAUUCGCUGAAUGGAUUGACACUACAUAUAUGCUUUAUGUAUUGCACAUACGUAACUGUUUGUAACUGGAAUAAAUUUUGGAACAUUGAA